AUGGGGACUGUCUGGACCCAGCAGGGAUCCAGAGAAGAAUGGAGUUAUCGCAGGACCUUGCUGAGACGGGGACUGAUGAGUAUCCUGCUACUCAGUCUGAUACUGAUCUUUUCUGUGAUCCUGUUCUAUGUCUUCCGUAGCUGUGGACCCCGUCCCUGUGAGGAGCCUGUGUGUCUGGAGCUUGUGGGCGAGUUAUCUGACACACUGGAAAAUGCCAGUGCCCUGCCCUGCACGGACUUCUUCAGCUUUGCUUGUGGGAACUUGACAUCUGGGUGGGCCAAGGAGUCCAGAAACAUACUUCAAGUUCUAAAAGAGAAGAACCAGAACCGACUCCGGAGAAUAUUGGAAGCCUCAGUCCUCUGGCCUCCUGACUCUGCAGAAGAAAAGACUGUGAGGUUCUAUAAAGCCUGCAUGGAUAUAGAAGCCAUUGAUGCUUCAGGGGCAGAGCCCCUCACACAGGUCAUUGAGGAGCUGGGGGGCUGGCCUAUCUCAGGUAACUGGACACUUCCUGAUUUUAACCACACUUUGAAGCUGUUAAUGAGUGAGUAUGGCAGUUCCCCAUUCUUCAAAGCUUACCUGAGGCCUCAGCCAAGUCCUCCACACAUGCCUGUCAUUCAGAUUGACCAACCGGAGUUUCAGAUACCUUUUCGACCUAAUCAGAAGAACUACCCUGAGAUAUUAAGGGCAUACCUGUCAUACCUGCAGCAACUGGGAACCUUGCUGGGGGGAGACAAAAAUGUUGUGUUGGAGCAUGCCUCUGUAUCCAUAAGCAUAACUUCAAAUCUCCUUCUGGCUGCAAAGCCCCUGGAUCAGAGGAAGACAGAGGGCAAACUCUUCCAAGAGACCACCAUUACCCAGCUGCAGGAAAUGGCUCCUUCAAUUGACUGGCUGUCUUGUUUGCGGGCAAUCUUCCCCUCAAUAACCCUCAGUCCCUCUCAGCCCAUCAUGGUUCAUGAUUUGGAAUACAUAAGAGGCAUGUCCCAGGUGAUAGGACAGACACCAAAGGAUAAAUACAGAGACUACCUUCAAAGCCAUAUGAUCCUACGGCUGGUAUCAAUGCUCAUCCCUGCUUUAGACAGUGACUUCCAGAAUGCACAGAGGAAUCUGAGCCAGAAGCUUCAGGAACUGGCAGGACGGUCUCCCAUUACAUUCAGUAUCCCUAGAUGGAAGAGAUGCAUUGAGGAGACAGGGACCUUCUUUGAGCCCACACUGGGAGCAAUGUUUGUACAGGAAACCUUCAACCAUGGCAGCCAAGAUGCUGCCACUCAACUUUUCUCUGAGAUCAAAAAUGCCUUGAGCAGUCACCUGAAGAAGCUUCACUGGAUGGAUGAAGGAAGCCGGGGAGAAGUCCAAGCCAAGUUAUCUCAACUGAAGGUAGAAAUGGGGGCCCCAGAGGAGGUAUUGAAGCCUGAUCCAGCCAAACAAGACUAUCAGGAUAUCAAUUUUGGCCACAAUUUCCUUCAAACGUUCCUGAGUUGUUCCCGAGCACUCCAAGAGAGGACCAUUAGAGGCUCUCUGGGGCCUCCCUUCAGUCACAGUUGGAAGGUGUCCCCUUGGGAGGUUCAUGCCUAUUACUCCAUGUCUGAUAAUGUGGUUGUUUUCCCUGCCGGCCUCCUACAGCCUCCGUUCUUUUGUUCUGAUUACCCAAGUGCUGUGAACUUUGGAGCUGCAGGCAGUGUGAUGGCCCAUGAAUUAAUGCACAUCUUCAACCAGUACUUGGUCCCAGGGGGCUGCCCAGCCUGUGACAUCCCCACCCUGCAUGGGGAGCUGCUCUGCUUACAGCAAUACUAUGAAUCCUUCUCACUGCCAGCAGGGAGUACAUUCAAUAGCUCCCACACCCUUUUGGAGAAUGCUGCUGAUAUUGGUGCACUGGUUAUUGCAAUGCAGGCAUAUAAGAAAUGGCAACAGAAGCAUAAAGGGGAGACCACUCUGCCUAGCUUGGGUCUCAGCCCCAAUCAGCUCUUCUAUCGAAGCUAUGCCCAGGUUAUGUGUGGCAGUCCCAACAUUCAGGAUGCUCAAGACUUCUACAGCCCUCCUAUUCUUCGAGUCCACGGGCCCCUAAGUAAUACCCCAACCUUUGCCAGAUACUUCAACUGCCCAAGGGGUACCCCUAUGAACCCUGGUAGCCGCUGCCAACUCUGGUGA